AUGGAGAACGAAAGGAAUGUGACUGUAUUCAUUCUAGUAGGUCUUACACAGAACCCCCAAAUGCAAAAAAUAGUAUUUGUGGUGUUUUUGGUCUUGUACAUGGUAACCCUGUCAGGCAACCUGCUCAUUGUGGUUACCAUUACCACCAGCCAGGCUCUGAACUCCCCCAUGUACUUCUUCCUGACCCAUCUUUCCUUGCUAGACACAAUUUACUCUUCUUCUUCAGCUCCUAAGUUGAUUGUGGACUCCCUUCAGGAGAUCAAGACAAUCCCCUUUAAUGGGUGUAUGGCUCAAGUCUAUGCAGAACACAUUUUUGGUGCUGCUGAGAUCAUCCUGCUCACAGAGAUGGCCUAUGACCGCUACGUGGCCAUCUGCAAGCCUCUGCACUACACGGCCAUCAUGAGCCACAGGCUGUGCCUCCUCCUGCUGGGGGUGGCCUGGACUGGAGGGUUUCUCCACGCAACCGUUCAGAUCCUCUUUACAGUUCGGCUGCCCUUGUGUGGCCCCAAUGUCAUAGACCACUUCAUGUGUGACUUGUACCCUUUGUUGAAACUUGUCUGUGUGGACACCCACAUCCUUGGUCUCUUUGUUACUGCCAACAGUGGGUUCAUCUGCCUGUUAAACCUCCUCCUCCUGUUGGUCUCCUAUGUGGUCAUCUUGCACUCCCUAGAGAACUAUAGCCUGGAGGGGAGAUGCAGAGCCCUUUCUACAUGUGUCUCUCACAUCACAGUAGUGUUCUUAUUCUUUGUGCCCUGUGUCUUUGUGUAUCUUCGCCCAGUCACCACUCUGCCCAUUGAGAAAGCUGUUGCUGUCUUUUACACUAUGGUGGGCCCUAUGUUAAAUCCUGUAAUCUACACCCUCAGAAAUGCUGAGGUAAAAUGUGCUAUGAAGAAACUCUGGAAGAAAAAAGUGAGUUCAGAUAAUAGUUAA